UUGAUGCUGUCAUGUUUGGAGGGUCUUCUAGUGGAAAGGGUUUAGGCCGUGCGAGCGGAAAGGGGGCAAGGAAGGGUCCUCACAUUGUGUGGGACGGACCUAUUGGUCCAAACUUCUUUGGGGAAGCUGUAUAUGAGUUUCUAGUUGAGUGCAAAUCUGAGUUCAGCAACAACAUCCCGCUGAGGGGAUACAAUAAUCGCAAAGAAGAGUGGCCAAAAUGUUCGCAUGGUGAGGACUGCAUAGUGCAGAUGAUGACCGAGGGGAUGGAUGAAGGUCGUCACUUCUUCAGAUGCCCGCGAGCAUGGUCUUCCGAGGCUCCGGAAGGCUACAAGUUCGCUAGAUGGGUCGAUCCUCCUCCUUUUCAUCCGCAUGUGGAGUACAUCUACUAUCUUCAGAAUUGUAUCUUCGAUCUAGAAAGGGAAGUGAGCGCCGGUAAUGUGGAAGAUGAUAUCAACACCGAUGAUACCAAUUCACAGGAGGUACUCUGCACUGAUUCCUAUUGCAAGUGCCCAUAUCACAAGAAUAAGGGUCCUACACCUCCUCCUCCUCCUCCCCCGCCGCCGCCACCAAGCAUGGGAGGAUACUAUGGAGAAGGCGCAACUCAGUUUUCUAUGUGGGGACACUACUAAGUCCAUUGCCACUUCCUGUAAUGUUGUGUGAUGGCGUGAUUUAAAUUCCCUAAGGCAUGUUAAGUUUAGUUAUGGCACUAGUGCCAUUACAUGCCACUGCAACUGUUCUGUGAUGGCGUGAUUUCAAUUCCCUAAGGCAUGUUAGGUUUAGUUAUGAAACAUGUGCAAUUACAUGCCACUGCAACUGUUGUGUGAUGACAAUUUGUGCAACGUCCAUUCCUGCUUUUAGUAGUAUUAGCUCGUUUGACUUUC